GUAAGUUUGUAAUUUAUGUUUAAUUAAUUUUCUAUACACAAAAUUCUUCAAUAUUCGAUUCAAUUCGAACAUUCUCCGGCUUCGGGUAAAGGAAGUUUUCUCAUAUGACGUAAUUGCCUAAUUCCUGUAUAAGUUUGAUGUUUACUUAAAUGGAAUAACGCCUUGGCAAACCUAAAAUAAGAAACCUUUAACCCUGAAGUACCAGCGCACAUUUGUUCCAUCAUGGCAUUAAAAAGAAUAAACAGGGAAUUACAAGAUUUAAACCGAGAACCCUCAUCACAAUACACUGCUGGACCUGUUGGGGAUGAUUUGUUUCACUGGCAAGCAUCCAUCAUGGGACCAGACACAUCUCCAUUUCAAGGUGGUGUGUUUUUUCUUAAUGUACAUUUCCCUACAGACUACCCGUUUAAGCCACCAAAAAUAUCAUUUACAACUAAAAUCUACCACCCCAACAUAAACGGCAAUGGAAGCAUCUGUCUUGAUAUCCUGCGCUCGCAAUGGUCGCCAGCAUUAACUCUUUCCAAAGUUCUCUUGUCCAUCAGUUCAUUGCUCUGCGACCCAAAUCCAGAUGACCCUCUUGUACCAGACAUUGCACGGAUGUAUAAAACUGACAUUAAAAAGUACAAACAAAUUGCCACCGAGUGGACCCAGAAGCAUGCUAAAUAAAGUCUCUUGUAGAACCUUUUUUUUAUGUAAAUAAAUUCCUCUAUCACAUAUUUUAAAUGACUUGAUUUAAUUGUAAAACAUCUGCUAAAAGCAAGAUUACUGUAAAGUUACAUUUAUUAUAUAAUGCUUUUAUUUUUCCAACUGUACCACGUUAAUAAUUCACGUUAGAGUUGUUUAGCACUAAUCAUUGUUAAAUUUUGUAUCGUUUAUGUGUUUGCCCAAUCAAUUCUGUAAGAUUUUUCUUCUGGUAUACAAACAAAAUUCUCUAGUUUGGAA